AUGGCCAUCACGGAAAGAGGGAAUCAUGAUCUUCAAAUUAAGGCAAAAAGGAAAGCAGAUAUUUCUCAAGAUCCUCUUGAAAAGCUUCGUCUGCAAUGCUUAUCUCGCGGCGCUUCUGGGAUAUUGGGACUUGGAAGACAAUUUAGAAUAAUUGAUGACGACGGAGAUCGGUAUCUCGACUUCAAAGAAUUUAUGAAGGGUUGUCGCGACUUUGGUGCCGACCUAACAAAAGAAGAAAUGGAAAACAUUUUCCAUCGAAUUGAUAGAGACGGAAGUGGUCAUCUUGAUUUUGAUGAAUUUCUCAAUGCUCUCCGUCCCCCAAUGCCGAAAUGCCGGAUAGAGCUAAUAAACAAAGCAUUCAUGAAAAUGGACAGAACUAACGACGGCUACAUAACCGCGGAGGACCUAAAGGGUGUUUAUAACUGCACCUAUCAUCCGAAAUACAAAAACGGCGAGUGGACGGAGGAACAAGUUUUCCAAGAAUUCCUCAAAAAGUUCGAAGCUCCCAAUGAAAUUGAUGGAAAGGUGGGCCACCUUUCUGAAAAUGUUGUUGUCCAUGUAGCCAUCUUCUGA